AUGCUGCUCCACAAAGAAAUAUCUGUCGUUUGGAAAGUGUUUAACGUACUUUUUGCCUUUAUGUUUGUGACAGCGUACGUUACAGCAGAAAUACCUUCCUACAUUCAUCCAUGUGGCCUUAAAGAUCCCAAUUACGAUCAGUGUAUCAUGGACAAUACUUACAGUGUACUAGAUACAAUGUGCAAAACGUCCAAUAUUAACGUUUUGAUGAACCAAUCAAUAUUUAUGGACAAAAUAAAUAUUUAUGACACAAAUAAUCUUAAAUUAAUUCUCAAAGAUAUAAAAAUACAUGGAGUUUGUGAAGAUUUAUCUAUAAGAUUUGUUCACGCAGAUUCUAACAGGCUUCACUUCGAUUUUGAAGCUGUACUUGAGAAAUUGAAAGUGAAUGCUACGUAUGAUUUCGACAUACACAUACUGGUGCCUCUUGCUAAUAAGGGACUGGUUACCAUAAAACUAUUAAAUAAAGUAUUACUGAAAAUAAAUCUGGAUCUAAAAGUGGCAACUAAAAAUGAGAAAAAAGAAAUAUACGCUUUGAAAGUGAAAACAAAUCUUGAUAUUGCAGGAAUGGAAUAUACAUUUGAUGACAGCGAAAAGGAAUUAGUUCAACUACAUGAAGCUAUUAAAAAUGUCGUAGAAAGUAAUACUAACGAUAUUAUUAAUAUUGUUAAAGCACCAAUAGAAGAGAAAAUCUCUCAAAUAGUGAUCUAUAUUUUUAACACCAUAAGUCAUUCUAAUUAUGAAAAAUUGUUUUCCGAAAAUGCAUAA